UAACUAUCCAUGGAAUGUGAAUCGUCGUUUGUUUCAUGGCGUCGUGUGUUGAUAUUUGUGGCAGGUACAUAACAAUAACGUGUAAAAUGUGAAGUAUUGUACUGUGCAAGAUUGACUGCAACAAUUUUUAAUUUUGUGUUAUUUACGUGAUGUUUAGUGCACACAACGUUCUACUUAUGCACUGUUCGGUGAUAUUCAAUCGGUCGUGUGUGCUCAAUACUCUAUCCUCGUGAAGGUUAACAUGCCCAUCAUUUUAAACUCUUCGUUUGCUGCAUUUGGUACAGUAACGACAUUGCUUGUUUUAGUUACUUUGUACAUUUUCAAUGUGGUAUAUGAAGUGCAGCCGGUACCAUUUCUUGACGAAAUAUUUCACAUUCCACAAGCGGAAAAAUACUGUAAGGGACUGUUUGGAGAAUGGGAUCCAAAAAUUACAACUUUGCCUGGCAUGUAUCUGCUCUCAGUUGGUGUUCUGAUGCCACUGUCUUCUGUGUUGGGAAUAGAUCUCUGUGGAACAUACGGUUUACGUAUGAUGAAUGUGUUUGCAUGUUUUGCAAACUUCUAUAUUAUGUACAACAUACAGAAGAGGCUGUAUCCUGAAAUGAAGGGUUUGGAGUCAUCAUUGCAAGUUCUACUCUCUGCUAUGAAUCUAGCUAUAUUUCCUCUCCUGUAUUUCUUCACAUUCCUGUAUUAUACAGAUGCCAUUGCAACAGGCCUCAUACUCCUCACAUAUUUGUUGCAGCUAGAUGGUUGCACGUUACUUGCUACUCUUACAGCCUCGAUUGCAGUUCUUGUACGUCAGACAAAUGUCGUGUGGGUGGCUUUUAUUGCUUUUCUUUCAAUAUCGCAUGUGUUGAAAUUACACAUACUUAAGUAUAAUAGCAGACUCUCACCAACAGUAUCAAGAUCUACAAAGUAUCUUCAGAGGUUAGUGGCGUUGUGGUGCUGUACAAGAGGGCCUGCCUCCUCAAACCCAACAUCUCAAUGUUCUGACACAAGGGAAUAUGGGACUUCACUCGUGGACGAACUGAGUUCUCUUCUGCACUGUCCCGCUACGGUGAAACACAACACAUGCAUCAAGGCCCGGUCUUGGGCCGAAGCAAUGAAACCACCAAAGAUGCUUUGGCUUAUAAUGCUGCUAAUUGUGUGUGUGGUGGUCCAGUACAACAUCAUCUCCACAUGGCUAGUGGGUGGAUCAAACAGUGGGACUGGAUAUGGAUUCAGUUAUGCAGAGCCUGGUGUUGCCACAGCUGUAAGAGAAGAGCUGCUGAAUGCCGCUGUGAACCGCCUAAGACUCGAUGACAGUGUUUCAGUCAAUAUUGGCCAAAAGGUGUUACAUGAACUAAUAAUGCAGCUGGGACGUGAGUUGUUGGCAGUGGGAGCAUUCGGUGAAGUGUCGGUACAGACUGCUGCAUAUACUUCUUUAUCGCAAGUGCCACUUACGUCACAUGCAACACCUCGCCUGUACAUAAUUACACCGACAUACCGUCGACCAGAACAGAUUCCAGAGUUGACCCGCAUGGCACAAACAUUAAUGCAUGUGCAAAAUCUGCACUGGUUGGUCAUCGAGGAUGCAGAGAAUAAGACACAAUUGGUGUCAGACUUGCUGCAGCGAACUAGCAUUUCCCAUGACCAUCUAGUAGCUCCUAUGCCGCAGUUAUUCAAGAAAAGAAAAGGACCAAAACCCCGUGGAGUAUCUAACAGAAACCGUGGACUUGAAUGGCUGCGAGACAAUGCAACGGAUGGGGUGUUCUACUUUGCAGAUGAUGAUAACACGUACGAUAUCCGAUUAUUUGAAGAGAUUCGCACCACAAAACAAGUAUCCAUGUGGCCAGUUGGGCUGUGUACAAAAUUUGGACUGAGCUCACCUGUUGUAGUCAAUGGUACCUUUGUGGGAUUUUAUGAUGGGUGGGUAGCAGGACGAAAGUUCCCUGUGGACAUGGCGGGCUUUGCUGUCAAUGUGCAGUUCCUGUUGAAGAGGCCAAAAGCAAAAAUGCCUUACAAGCCUGGUUUUGAGGAGGAUGGGUUUCUGAAAAGUCUGUCACCUUUUGAUCCGGAGGAGAUAGAAUUAAAAGCUAAGAAUUGUACACAGGUUCUAGUUUGGCAUACACAAACCAAGAAAAAUGAGGCUUCUGCUGCUCUUGAUUUAGGAAAAUAUAACAACACUAACUUGGUGAUAUUAAAACAGCUGAUUGUGUAAUAAUGGUACUAUAAAGAGCAGUUUGUGAGAAAUGGUUAUCAGUAUUAUAUGCCUAUCAUGAAAUGCCCUGUGACAGCUGUUACAAUACAAUCUCUGAGAAGUUUUGUGAUGUGAUGUGAUGUGACUGGUUCAUUGACAUGUUGUCAUUCAUAAGCUGAAGUGCUAUUGUGGUGAAAAUAUGGACCUGUGAUAAACAAAUUUUGACAUUAUUUGUACUGAUAAACAUUGAUAUUUGAAGUCAGCUCAAAAAAAGUACAGAACAAUGUAAUGUUUAAAAGCAUUGGUAUAUCUGCAUAUGCAUCUCCACAACUCAAGCCUUUCCUUGGCUCCUUCAUUCACACAUUUCUGCACAUUGAUCAUACUUGACAUAAUAUUUGAUAUAUAGAAAAACUGAAAUGCAGUUGUUAUGUACAAAACUAUGUACUACAUACUAAAUGUACAAUUAUGUACUGUUUACAUGAUUGAGCAUAUGGUUGAUUUUCAGGUAAAAUUGUAUAGAUGUGGGCAAACAACUUGGCAUCAGAGUGACAUCACAGUUCUACUAAAUUGCAGUUCUACUAGUCAUUCAAAAUGAAUUUAACUUCAAGAAGUGAACCACUUGAAUAAAAAUACAAUAUUGUUUGUCAAUAAAACACCAAGAGGAUGCUUAUGUAACUUGUGUCAUGGACUUGAACUGUUAUCCAGAUCUGAAAUUUCAGAUAAUGUUUUCAUCAUGGCUUGGUCAACACUUCUGCUGUGACUAUUAAGAGCCACUUAGUCAAUGAUAUAUUACCUAUAUCUAUAUCACUAUAGUUAUUUAAGAAAGUAUGGCUGAAAGGAAGAGAGAGAAAUAUAAAUUAUUUAAAGAGAAUGUUCCUUGAUCAAUAACAACAUUAAAUAUUUCAAGAAUUCUUAAAAAUGAAUGGUUUGACAUUUCAUAGACUGUGACAAAACAUAACUCAGCUGUCAUUUAUAGCAGAAAUUCUCAAUUAAUGAUCCAAGUUUAAUUUAUAUGUAUGAAUGGAGUGGGUGUCAGAGUGACCCUUGCACUACAACCAUUAGUUUGUGCAUCCCCAUUCUUCUGAUCUGCCAGUAGUCCUGUACCUACACAAUGCACAGUAUCUUACUCAGAAGUCUAAUGAAAAUCACAAGGAUCCAGAAAAUUUGUGCUCAAAUAGCAAAAUCAUAAAUCUGAUGGCCAUAGUCAAGGCCUCCAUAUAGAUCCCAGGUCUAGUAGAGUCCCUGGGUCUUCAAAGAGGAUUAACCUCUGGACUAAGUAGGGUGCUGCCCUCAGACCAGGGCCUUUAGGCAGUUUAAUUUACAGGAGUCCAUGAAUUCAAGUUAAAACCAUAUAAAUUUUUAUGACAAGUAGAAAAAUUAUUUCACAAUCAAGUCGUUUUAUUAUUUUUUUCCCUUCAUUGACUUAGUAGUUUGCAUUGAGUGUUAUUAAUCUAUGUGCAGCAAAUCCAAUUGUGAUUUUCAGACAUGGGAAGGUCAUGACUGAGUAACUCAAGUAAGGAUGCGACUGUAUCCCAUAAGAUGGAAGGUGGCUAGGUUUUUAGCACACAGGUUACUAAGCAACUUCUCAGGACUAUGAAACACAAUAUUGUUAUACAAAGUAUUGGAAAUUUAGUGCUCAGACCACUGAUACCACCUAGAUGAUGGCAAUAUAUUAAAUAUGCAGUAGGGCGCAGAUUGUCCAGGGCCCAAUUAUCAUUGGAGUGGAUUAUCUGUGGUCUCAGAUCAUCUCUAAUAUUUAAUUAUAUUUUUCUUAAUUACUUGCAACACUGUUUUAUAUUGAGUGCAACUCAAUAAAACUACUGUAAGAAAGAAUGUUUAGUAUUUAAUAUAUAUCUUGCAAUGUGAAUACACAUGUUUGUAUGUACAGAUAUGUGUAUGUUCGUGUUUUGCUUACCACUGCUGCCCCUCGGUUAUCACUAAAACAUUGGUUAUGUAUUAACUAAUUACUACAGGAUAUUUCCUAAAGGUACACACAUUUUUAAAGAAAAAUCUUUGUACACUAACAGCUUUUGAGCCAUAUAAAAGAAUGACUAUUACCUUACUUUUCUGAAAGGUAUGUCGCAAAAACACAACCUAUAUAUUAUUGGCAAAUGCCUUGGAAAUAAACCAUAUGCUCUAUGUUAUAAAGAGAUCAAACAAACUGGUUCUCAGUACAUGGUAAAUGCUUACAUAUUGACCAUUUUGAUGCUAAUAUGAAUAUUACAUUAAGUUUGUAUGCUGAGUUACAUUGCCUCAUGUGCCUUGGAUUCUUCCCUUCUAGAACCACUUGCUUUCUUCAUUUCACACUUCAUCUUCACCUUAUGUGCUGGCCACAGUUAUAAUAUCACUGAUAACAGUGAUUUAUAGUACAUAAUUUAAAUGCUGAAAAAGUCACCAUGGUAAUGUAUUAUUAAUUAAGUUAUUUUAUGUUAAGACAUUAAAGUACUAUUCAUACAUGCA